AUGGCGGAUUUCGUUGUGCCUUCAUCUUUCAGACCAGAGACCGACGCACAGUAUAGGUUAAAAGGCCCUAUGCACGCUCAACGCCAUGUACGCAUUAUCUGUGUUGGCGCCGGUGCUUCUGGUCUUUUGAUGGCAUACAAAUUGCAACGACACUUCUCCAAUUAUUCACUCACAGUCUACGAAAAAAAUUCAGAGGUUUCUGGUACAUGGUACGAAAAUCGAUACCCAGGAUGUGCUUGCGACGUUCCCUCACACAAUUACACAUGGUCUUUUGAACCAAAGCUCGAUUGGUCCGCCGUAUAUGCUAGUUCACGAGAAAUUUUUCAGUAUUUCAAUGACUUCGCCCAUAAAUAUGGUCUUCGACGUUUUGUGAAGACGCAGCAUCAAGUCGGUGGUGCUUUUUGGAACCAACAAAAGGGUGGCUACGAUGUACAGGUUCAGGACUUGAGCACUGGAAAAACUCAUACAGAUCAUUGCGAUAUCAUGAUCAACGCUUCGGGUAUUCUAAACAACUGGGCAUGGCCUGCUAUCCCAGGCCUUGAUCGGUACAAGGGCGUCCUCCUACAUACUGCAAACUGGGAUGAGAAUGUAGAUCUUGAAGGGCGUCAUGUUGGCCUGAUUGGUAACGGUUCAUCGGGCAUUCAGGUCCUUCCCACAAUUCAGCCUUAUGUGAAAAAGUGUACCACCUUCAUCCGAGAACCUACCUGGGUGUCCCCUGUUCAGGGGCUCGAACAACAUGUCUUCACUGACCAAGAGCGCCUCGAAUUUGCAACCAAUCCCGAUGCUCUUACUAAAUACCGACGAGACAUCGAGCGAGGCCUAAACGGGCAAUUUGGCCUUUUCCUCAAAGGCACAAACACUAACAACGACACCGAGACAUAUUUCCGUGAACAGAUGUCUGGAAAGCUUCAAAAUGACUAUCUCGAAAAGCGACUCAUUCCUGACUGGCAUGUUGGCUGCCGACGCCUCACACCAGGCAUCGGCUAUCUCGAGUCGCUGGGUAAGGAGAAUGUCGAGACCGUAUACGGCGAAAUCAACGAAAUCACCGAGCGCGGCUGCCUUUGCGACAAUGGUCAAGAAUACCCCGUGGAUGUUCUCAUCUGUGCUACGGGUUUCAACACGUCAUUCAAGCCUCGCUUCCCUGUCGUUGGCCCUGGAGGCAAUAACCUGCAGGAUGCUUGGGCAGAUGAGCCCCGGUCCUACUUUGGCAUCGCCGCCCCAGAUGUGCCAAAUUAUCUGAUCUUUCUGGGUCCCAACUGUCCCAUCGGCAAUGGCCCCGUGUUGUCCGCCAUUGAAGCACAAGCGGACUACAUGUGCAAACUCAUCGACCGUUUCCAAACACAUAAUAUCGCGACAUUCGCGCCUAAAGCUGAAGCUGUAGACGACUUCAUCGCGCACAAGAAUCAGUUUAUGAAUGGAACUGUAUGGCAAGACCCAUGUCGCUCGUGGUACAAGGCUGGCAAGCCGAACGGACCCAUCACAGCUUUAUGGCCUGGAUCUACACUGCAUUAUAUCGAGGCUAUGAUGGAAGUUCGCCUUGAUGACUGGGACGUACAAUACUCAGGGAACCGGUUUGCUUGGCUCGGCAAUGGGUAUUCGCAGACGGAGCUCGAUCCCACGGCCGAUUGGGCAUAUUACAUUCGCGAAAAGGAUGACGAUGCACCGCUUUCAAGAAGGAGAAAGCUGCAGCUUAUCAACAAGAGUGGCACAGUUUCGCAAGUCGAUAGUGGAGUGAAUUUCACGGGGAAGAGGGAGCAAAAUGGAAUGGGGAUUGCAGAAUCGAAAUUAUGA